CUAGUAUUACUGAUACCGUAAAAACUACUCACAUCACACUCUAUAUAAUGUGCUUGAGCUCUCACUCCAUUUGCUUCAACCAACUCAAGUAGCAUGAAGAAACUUCCCUUUUUUCUUCUUCUCAUUUUGCUACUUGAAAUAAUUUCUGUUGAAUCCCAAAGUCCAGCACUCUUGAAAUAUGUGCUUGAAUGGCCACCUACUUUCUGUAUUAAACUGAAUUCUCAAGAAGAAGGUAGGUGCAAAGAACCAAUUCCUGAACAUGAAUUGACACUCCAUGGCCUUAUGCCUGCAGAUGAAGAAGGAAAUAGCAUUAAAUGUGACCCCGGCGAAGACCCAAAUUGGGAUGAACUGUUUGGACCAAUUGAAGAUGAACUUGUAACAUUCUGGCCAUCACUUAGAGAAGACUUCAGUGAAAGGGACUUAUGGGAGCACGAGUGGCGCGCCCAUGGAGCAUGUGGAGGAACAACACCACAAGAAUACUUUGACAAAGCAAUAGAGAUCAACCACAUGCCUGAACAAGGCAACUUGUUCAAUUACUUGGAAACAAGUGGGAUUAUUGCAAGUGAUAGCUUGGCUUAUCCAAAAGAAGAUAUUGUUGAGGCUGUCCAAAAGGUGUUCACUUCUCCACCCCUUAAUAUUUACCUCACAUGUAUUCCAAUUAAUCCAGAAAAUACUACUCAUGUUUACUUGAAUGAGGUUACCUUGUGCACUAAUCUGCUGGAUGGCACUGAAUACAUUUCAUGUCCUUCAGAAGCUGCUCCAACAAGCUGCCCUGAUGAAGCUCUGAUUAUGCUCCCUCAUCCACAAGCUCAAGGGCUUGAGGAUCCACAAGAGGAUAUCUGGAAGACAGGGAUGGAACGCAUCCUACGUUUGAACGAUCUACCGCUGAAAUUGAUGCUGGCUUAGAAUAAUAAUAAUUUAUUAUUAUUAAGAAAGAGAGAAUGGAAGAUGUUGUGUUAAAAUAAUGCAUAACUAUAUGCAGUGUUAUCUUGAAUAAAAAUUUUAUUCUAUUCUCCUUUUAA